AUGCCUUGUGAAACAACAAAAAAAUCAAAUAAACGCUGUAGGAAACGAAGAGAUUCAAGGUAUCGUGUAGAUAAAAAGUUUCACAGAUAUAUACAGAAAAUAACAACGAGUUCAGUUUUUAAUGGCCUCAUCAUGGUGGUGAUAGUCAUGAAUUCCUUUGUCAUUGGCUUUGAGACAGUGGAGGAAUGGAAGGUCCCACAUAAGAAUGUCUUCAAAGCUUUGGAUGAGCUGUUUCUUGCCAUUUACACCAUGGAGUUCCUGAUGAAGCUGUAUGCUGAACCAAGGGGUUACUGGAAAAGCAGUUAUAACAGAUUUGACUUUUCUAUCCUGGCGUUGUCAUAUGUUCAAGUCAUCAUGGAUGAGCUGAAUGUGGGUGAUAAGAUUCUCACACCUUUGAGGCUCUUAAGAGCUGCUCGAACAUUACGGACCAUCUCCUUCAUUGAAGGCCUCCAAGUUCUUGUCACAGCACUGAUUGACACUAUUAGGAACUCUGUACUCAAUGUGGUGAUCCUUCUUGCCAUGCUGAUGGCUUUCUUUGCUGUAGUUGGUUAUUAUAUUUUUGGUUAUGAAGAGGAGACUGGUGAUAAAGAGAACUGGGGAACUCUCAGCACUGCUAUGUUGACACUUUUCACAUUUGUUACUGUGGACGGUUGGACAGAAAUCCAGAAAGACUUGGACAAAAGACCCUACAGCCAGUGGUUUACUGUGAUCUUUAUUUUCUUGGGCCACUUCAUUUUCACCAAUUUGUUUAUUGGAAUAAUCAUCAUGAACAUACACGAGGCCACAGAGAAGUUCAUUACACAGCAGAGACAAGAACGUGAAGCAAUUCUACAGAUGAAGAAAGAUUUCCUCUUCCAAAGACAACGUGAUGAUGUCAGAGAAAUGUUAGAAAAACAGAAAAACAGCCAGUAUGCUAACUUUGAAGAGAUGACCCAGAGCUUCCAACAGACACUACGCCAUGAUGAUUAUGUAAUCAUGUCUGAUCCUUGUGCCAAUUUAACAUGGAUAGAGGCAUUCCUUACUACAACAGACCAUCUGGAUCUUUACACUUACAGAUGCCAGCAAAUCCAAUUUCAAAUUGCCAAUGUUUUGGCAGAUAUGGCAGAGAUGAAGUUAAAGGAGAAAGAGCAGCAAGAGGAUGCAGUCCAAGCUUCAGCAUUGCCAAGAGGAAUGCAGUUGUUCAUGAGAGCAAAGGCUGCAAUGGCAAAGAAGAGUGCUUGAUGCAAAACAUUCCCUGUAGUUUAUUGAUAUACUUCUUAUUUUCUGCUUAAAGCUCACACAAAACAUGAUUUUGUUCAUAUGGAUUGGUGCUGCAAUCAAGUUUAAAGAAAUUUUUUGAAGCCUGUUAUUAAAAAGUGGUCUCUCUUCAUUUGGCCAGUUAUUUUGAGGUUUGGUUUAAAAUAUCACAACUUUGCAUGUGUACAUAAAAGUAAAGUACUCAAAAUUAUCAUUGAGUCUUAUUUAAAUUUCAAAGUUUUAUUUUCUCUUCUGUGACAAUUGUUGGAAAGCAUAAAUAUGCAAAAUAUAUUGCAAAACUAUUUUUUGGCACUAAAUAUAUUAAUACAUUGUGCUUUUGUUUGAAAAUGUGAUGUCAAUUUUGAAAACAAAUUGUAUUUCACUAUUUAAAAAUUGUUAGAACCUUUCAUUACCAUAGAGUGACAUUUAAGUCUGCCUCUUUAUUCUUAGUGAAAAAUAUUGUUGCUUUCUUAAC